CAUCUCUCCCGACGAUCUUCUCUUCCAGUCACUGCUUGGUCAGGAUUCUUGUUCCAUCUGUAGAUCGAUUAGGACGUGAGUUCGAGCGAUGGCGAAGCCGAGUGUGGGAGUUUCGGAGGUGGGCGUCUCGGCGGCGCCGGCGCAGUCGGCGUGCCCCUGCCCCGGGACGCUGUUCCCGUACCCGCCACCGCGCGGCGCCGGGAUCGCCGCCGCCGUGCGGCGCAAGUGCCUGCAGGUGGAGCUCGGCGCUGGGACGGGGCUGCUGGGCGGCGCCUGGGGCGUCGAGUCGAUGCGCGCGUCGUCGCCCACGCACGCCAAGGCGGCCGCCGCGCUCGCCGCCGGCGUGGACGACGAGCGCGCCGCCUGGAUGGUGCGGCACCCGUCGGCGCUUGGCAAGUUCGAGCAGAUCGUGGCGGCUUCCGAGGGCAAGCGCAUCGUGAUGUUCCUGGACUACGACGGCACCCUGUCGCCCAUCGUGGACGACCCCGACGCCGCCUUCAUGAGCGAGACGAUGCGGAUGGCCGUGCGCAGCGUCGCCAAGCACUUCCCGACGGCGAUCGUGAGCGGCCGGUGCCGAGACAAGGUGUUUGAGUUCGUGAAGCUGGCGGAGCUGUACUACGCCGGCAGCCACGGCAUGGACAUAAAGGGCCCGGCCAAGGCCUCUUCCCGGCACGCAAAGGCCAAGGCGAAAGGAGUCCUGUUCCAACCGGCGAGCGAGUUCCUGCCCAUGAUAGAGGAGGUGCACGAGCGCCUUGCCGAGACGACGCGCUGCAUCCCCGGGGCCAAGGUGGAGAACAACAAGUUCUGCGUGUCCGUCCACUUCAGAUGCGUCGACGAAAAGAUGUGGGGCGAGGUCUCGGAGGCGGUGAAGGGCGUGCUGCGGGAGUACCCCAAGCUGCGGCUGACGCUAGGGCGGAUGGUGCUGGAGGUGCGGCCCACCAUCAAGUGGGACAAGGGCAAGGCCCUCGAGUUCCUGCUCGAGUCGCUCGGCUUCGCCGACUGCACCAACGUCCUGCCCGUCUACAUCGGCGACGACCGCACCGACGAGGACGCCUUCAAGGUCCUCCGGCGGCGGGGGCAGGGCGUGGGGAUCCUGGUGUCCAAGCACCCCAAGGAGACGAGCGCCAACUACUCGCUCCAGGAGCCGGCCGAGGUGAUGGAGUUCCUGCUGCGCCUCGUGGAGUGGAAGCGCCUCUCCAGGUCUAGGGCCAGGCUCAUGAGUCUGCAAUGACACGACGCACGCGGCUGGUUCUUGUGACCGUGGACAAUGCGGGCGGCGGAUGCAAAGCUGAUUGCGAGAUGGUGCUUUGUGCCAGUAGAUAUCGGAUCUAGCACUGUUUGUACUUUGUACCGUCUCGUUGAGUGCGACUUCUCUGUUUUCCUCUCCCUUCUUUUUUUCCCCCGGGGGCCCUAAGGGCUGUAUAACGAGCAUGUACAUUAUGUAGCUAAUGCUAUAUAUACAAGAGGAGAAGAAUCAAGUAACCAAGAGCAAGUUAUGAGGGUCGCGUUCCAAUCCCUUCA